AUGGCUUCUGAGAAAGUUGAGACAGUUAUUGCUGGUAAUUAUUUGGAAAUGGAAAGAGAAGGAGAAGAAACAAAUUCAAAUAAUUCUGUGAGAAACAAAUUAUCCAAUUUUUUUUGGCAUGGUGGAUCUGUUUAUGAUGCAUGGUUUAGUUGUUCUUCUAACCAGGUUGCUCAAGUGUUACUUACACUUCCAUAUUCAUUUUCACAACUUGGAAUGUUAUCUGGAAUUUUGUUCCAACUUUUCUAUGGUUUGAUGGGAAGCUGGACUGCUUAUCUUAUAAGUGUGCUCUAUGUUGAGUACAGAACUAGAAAAGAAAGAGAAAAAGUUGACUUCAGAAAUCAUGUUAUUCAGUGGUUUGAAGUUCUUGAUGGACUACUAGGAAAACAUUGGAGAAAUAUUGGCCUCUUUUUUAAUUGCACUUUUCUUCUAUUUGGAUCAGUCAUUCAACUAAUUGCAUGUGCAAGUAACAUAUAUUAUAUUAAUGACAAUCUUGAUAAGAGAACUUGGACUUAUAUAUUUGGAGCAUGUUGUGCUACAACAGUGUUCAUUCCUUCAUUCCACAAUUACAGAAUUUGGUCAUUUGUAGGCCUUCUUAUGACUACUUACACUGCAUGGUAUCUUACCAUAGCUUCUCUUCUCAAUGGACAGGUUGAGGGAGUGAAGCACUCAGGACCAACAACAAUGGUUCUCUACUUCACUGGGGCUACAAACAUUCUUUACACCUUUGGUGGCCAUGCUGUCACAGUGGAAAUAAUGCAUGCAAUGUGGAAGCCACAAAAGUUCAAGACAAUAUAUUUGAUAGCAACAAUUUAUGUGUUAACACUAACAUUGCCAUCAGCAAGUGCAGUGUAUUGGGCUUUUGGAGAUGCACUUCUCACCCACUCUAAUGCUUUGGCUUUGUUGCCAAAGACUAAAUUUAGAGACUCUGCUGUCAUUCUCAUGCUUAUUCAUCAGUUUAUUACAUUUGGAUUUGCAUGUACCCCAUUGUACUUUGUAUGGGAGAAGUUCAUUAGAGUUCAUGAGACAAAGAGCUUAUUUAAAAGAGCAAUGGCAAGACUCCCUGUGGUUAUUCCAAUAUGGUUUUUGGCAAUUAUUUUCCCAUUCUUUGGGCCUAUCAACUCCUCUGUUGGAUCUCUUCUUGUUAGCUUCACAGUCUACAUUAUUCCUGCCUUAGCACACAUGCUUACUUUUGCUUCACCAUCAGCUAGAGAGAACGCGGUGGAGCAACCACCAUCAUUCUUGGGAAGGUGGGUUGGGUUAUAUUGUACCAACAUAUUUGUUGUGGCAUGGGUUUUUAUUGUUGGUUUUGGAUUUGGAGGGUGGGCAAGUAUGGUCAAUUUUGUACAUCAAAUUAACACUUUUGGACUCUUCACUAAGUGUUAUCAAUGCCCUCCACAUAAGGCUUGA